GGGCACGAAUCGCAGCGUACUCUGUUCUUUCCCUGUUUGUUAUCUACGACUAGAUUUUUUCUUCUUUUCUUUUCUUUCUAUCUUUCUUUCUCUCUCUCUCUUUUUUCACUUUAAGACCGGCUUUGCUUUCUGCUGGGGUUGGGAGGGGGCGAUCUUUCCCCAUCACUCACAUCUUUGUUCAUUGUUCACUGACUGGAAGGCAGGCGACUUAAAGAGACGAAAGAGAGGGAGGGGGAAAAAAGAAGGGAAAGAAGAAGAAGAGGAAAAAGAAGAGGGGGAGCAAGGAAAGGAAAGGAAGACAGAAAUGGGGUAUGUGCGUGUGGAGAGCGCCCCUUUGUCCCCGCCCCCACCCGGGCCGGGCUGGAUGGUAAAACUGUAAGCCAGCGCCCGGAGGGUCGCCCGGAAAGUGGACAUUAUCGCUUUAAUUAACUUCGAGAUGCUCCGGCGGCGGGACCUGGCGUAACCGUGACGCGCCCCCAUAAAUCUGCCCGGCCCGGGGCUGCUCGGAGAACUCGUACAGUAGCGGCUGCAGACCCAACGCGCGCCUCCCGGUCCGGCGCCUAUUUGCAUAAUUGGAUUUUCUUUCUUUCUUUCUUUCUUUCUUUCUUUCUUUCUUUCUUUCUUUCUUUCUUUCUUUCUUUCUUUCUUUCUUUCUUUCUUUCUUUCUUUCUUUCUUUCUUCCUUCCUUCCUUCCUUCCUUCCUUUCUUUCUUUCUUUCUUCCUUCCUCCCUUCCUUCCUUUCCUUCCUUCCUUCCUUUCUUUUUUUUCUUUUCUUUUCUUCUCUUCUCUUUUCUUUUCUUUCCUUUUCUUUCCUUUUCUUUUCUUUUCUUUUCUUUUCUUUUCUUUUCUUUUCUUUUCUUUUCUUUCUUUUCCUUUUCGUGGCCUCCGGCUUCCUCCCCGAAACUAGUUUGAAUACCCAAUCCAGAACCGCGACGACCUGCACAUUCUAAAGCAAGUGCCAAUUCCUGCCCACAACGGCUUUAAGAAUACCUUUCAGCCAGCAGGGAGCUCCGUUGCUUUAAGACUCUCCAGAUUCUUCCCAUAUGUGUAAGGACACAAUGGGUACCCUCUCAUGAGGUUGUUGUAAGGACUGAACUUGGGCUACAUCAAGGGUAGUCCAGCACUCCGGGAACCAGGACGCCCCUCUGGCAAUCUGUCAGUGCCUGGAUCAGCUGCAUCCUUUCUGGGGUAUUUUCUCACCAGACUGACAGUCCUUAAGACAAGUAUGCAGUUAAGCUGCUAAGGGAUGGAAGAAGCCAGUCUGUGCCUUGGCGUGUCCUCGGCGGCGGCAGCGCCUGAAGCUGAGUCCCACCUGAGCAGCCCGGUGCUCAACGGCCAGUAUGCCAUGAGUCAAAAGUUGCAUCAGAUCACCUCCCAGCUCAGCCAUGCCUUCCCCGAGCUGCAUCCGCGCCCCAACCACGAGGAGAAAGCCGCGCCUGCGCCCCUAGACGACAAGGCCCAUGUGGCUCUGAGCGGGCAGCCCAUGGGCAGUCAGAUGGCGCUGCUGGCCAACCAGCUGGGCCGGGACGUGGAUACCAGUCUCAACGGCCGGGUGGACCUUCAGCAGUUCCUCAAUGGGCAGAACCUGGGCAUUAUGUCCCAGAUGAGUGACAUCGAGGACGACGCCCGCAAGAACCGCAAGUACCCCUGCCCCCUAUGCGGCAAGCGCUUCCGCUUCAACAGCAUCCUCUCCCUGCACAUGCGCACGCACACGGGCGAGAAGCCCUUCAAGUGUCCCUACUGUGAUCACCGGGCAGCGCAGAAGGGCAACCUCAAGAUUCACCUGCGGACCCACAAGCUGGGCAACCUGGGUAAGGGCCGGGGGCGCGUGCGCGAGGAGAACCGCCUGCUGCACGAGCUGGAGGAGCGCGCCAUCCUGCGGGACAAGCAGCUCAAAGGGAGCCUGCUGCAGCCCCGGCCUGACCUGAAGCCCCCGCCGCACGCCCAGCAGCCCCCGCUGGCCGCCUGCAGCCUGGCCCUGCCCGUGGCCGCCAACCACAGUCUGCCCGACAUGGCCAACCCCGUGCCCUCGCCCAAGCCGGCCAGCGUGCAGGAGGAGGCUGUGGCGCCGGCCGGGGCGGGCUUCCGCUGUACCUUCUGCAAGGGCAAGUUCAAGAAGCGCGAGGAGCUGGAGCGCCACAUCCGCAUCCUGCACAAGCCCUACAAGUGCACGCUGUGUGACUUCGCUGCCUCGCAGGAGGAGGAACUUAUCAGCCACGUGGAGAAGGCCCACAUCACGGCCGAGUCUGCCCAGGGCCAGGGCCCCAACGGCGGCGGCGAGCAGUCGGCUAACGAGUUCCGCUGCGAGGUGUGCGGACAGGUGUUCAGCCAGGCCUGGUUCCUCAAGGGCCACAUGCGGAAGCACAAGGACUCCUUUGAGCACUGCUGCCAGAUCUGUGGUCGGCGCUUCAAAGAGCCCUGGUUCCUGAAGAACCACAUGAAGGUGCACCUCAACAAGCUGUCGGUGAAGAACAAGUCCCCCAGUGAUCCCGAGGUGCCCGGGCCCAUGGGCGGCAUGGCCCAGGAGGCCCAUGCCAACCUGUACUCCAGGUACCUCUCCUGUCUGCAGAGUGGCUUCCUGGCCCCGGACAAGACUGGCCUGAGUGAGCCCAGCCAGCUUUACAGCAAAGGGGACCUGCCCAUGAAGGAGAAGGAGGUCUUGGGGAAGCUGCUGUCCCCUAUCUCUAGCAUGGCCCACGGCGUCCCCGAGGGUGACAAACACUCCCUCCUGGGGUGCCUCAACCUAGUCCCCCCAUUGAAAUCCAGCUGCAUUGAGCGGUUGCAGGCGGCUGCCAAAGCAGCCGAGAUGGACCCGGUCAACAGCUAUCAGGCUUGGCAGCUCAUGGCCAGGGGCAUGGCCAUGGAACACAGUUUCUUGUCUAAGGAGCACCAGCUUCAGCGCAACCAUGAAGACACUCUGGCAAAUGCCGGGGUUCUGUUUGACAAGGAGAAGCGGGAGUAUGUGUUAGUGGGAGCAGAUGGCUCCAAGCAGAAAAUGCCUGCGGAGCUGGUUCACAGCGCUAAAGUGGGCAAUCAGAGAGACCUGCCAAGUAAGCUCGACCCUUUAGAAGGCGGGCGGGAGUUUUUGUCACACGGCCUGAACCCGGCACUUGAAUAUAACCUGCAGGGGCCAGGGAGCCUGAAGGAGAAGCCCACCGAGUGCCCUGACUGUGGCCGAGUGUUCCGCACCUACCACCAGGUGGUUGUGCACUCCCGCGUCCACAAGCGGGACCGUAAGGCGGAUGAGGAUGGCUUGCACAUGGCCCUGGACGAGCGCCGAGGCUCGGGCAGUGACCAGGAAUCACAAUCUGUGAGCCGCUCCACUACACCAGGCUCCUCCAAUGUCACUGAGGAGAGUGGGGUCGGAGGUGGGCUUUCCCAGACCGGAAGUGCCCAGGAGGACAGCCCGCAUCCCUCCUCCCCGUCCUCCUCAGACAUUGGCGAGGAGGCUGGGAGAGCUGCCGGCGUCCAGCAGCCCGCGCUGCUUCGCGACAGGAGCCUGGGCUCGGCCAUGAAGGACUGCCCCUACUGUGGGAAGACCUUCCGGACAUCCCAUCACCUAAAGGUCCACCUGCGGAUCCACACAGUGUAUGUCCACACCAUAACCAGCAGGAGGAAAGGAAGUGACUUGUACCCACAAGGUGAGAAACCCUACAAAUGCCCGCACUGUGAUUACGCUGGCACCCAGUCCGCAUCUCUAAAAUACCACUUAGAACGACACCACCGGGAGCGACAGAAUGGAGCGGGUCCCCUGUCAGGACAGCCCCAAGACCACAGGGAGGAGAUGUCCAGCAAAGCUGCCUUGUUUAUCAGGCCUGACAUCCUCAGGGGGGCUUUUAAGGGUCUCCCAGGGAUCGACUUCAGAGGUGGCCCCUCCUCUCAGCAGUGGACAUCGGGAGUGCUCUCAUCUGGCGAUCACUCUGGACAGGCCACUGGUCUGCCCUCAGAGACUCCUUCUGAGACUCUCAAGGGUGCUGACCUUCCUUCCAAGAGCCUCCACUUCUCUGAAAUUGGAAGGGCCUAUCAGAAUAUUGUGAGUAAUGGAGUGAAUUUCCAAGGAUCCUUGCAAGCUUUCAUGGAUAGAUUUGUCCUAAGUUCCCUGAAGAAGGAGAAGGACGUGAAGGACAAGGCCCUGUCUGACCUUCCUUCCACAAAAGUCCAUGGGGCAGAUGGUGGUGAAGAGAAAGCAAGCGUUAAGUUGGCCCCCAGGAAGUCUGAGAAGUCUCAGUAUGAGCCUCUUGACUUGUCAGUGCGGCCAGAUGCCCCUUCCCUCCCAGGAUCCUCUGUGACUAUGCAAGACAGCAUUGCCUGGCAUGGCUGCCUGUUCUGUGCUUUCACCACUUCAUCCAUGGAGCUCAUGGCCCUUCAUCUGCAGGCCAACCACCUGGGCAAAGCCAGACGCAAAGAUAAUGCCAUUGGGGGGACAGCUAACUGUAAAGAACAAGCCCCCCGGGAGGCCAGCAAGCUGACUCUGCUGCCCUCAGCACAGUCAAACAAAGAGUUGGGGCUGCCCAACAUGAUGGCACCCUUAGACUCCGCUGCUGAGAAGAUGGCUCAAGGACAAGUCAAAGAGACUCUAGGGGAGCAGAGGAGUGGCCCUUGGCCUGGCCAUGUGGACCCUGCCUUUUGCAACUUCCCCUCAGACUUCUACAAGCAGUUUGGGGUCUAUCCAGGCCUAGUUGGUUCUGGAGCCUCCAGUUCCUGCCCCAACAAGGAGCCUGAUGGGAAGUCCCACUCAGAAGAUGAUGCCCCAAUCCUCAUUCCGGAAACCACAAACAAGAACACUACUGAUGACCUCUCCGACAUUGCUUCCUCAGAGGACAUGGACUCCUCCAAGGGAGAGAACAAUGAUGAAGAAGAUAUCGAGACAGAGCCAGAGCCUGUGAGCAAACAGCAGUCUGCCCUCAGCAAGGACGGUGAUGGAGGCGACAGCCUGUUGCCCACGGGCCCUCCUCAGCCCAUCCAGGGACUCGUGUCACCUUUAUCCCAGGUGUCGGAGAAGCAGUGGCACGGCCCAGGCCUUCUUGCACCCCAGGACCCUGCAGUGGGGCUGCCCAAGCCAGAGCGGGGGCCUCAGGGCCUGGAGAAGCCAAUGAACAUGCUGUCGGUCCUCAGGGCCUACAGUUCUGAUGGCUUAGCAGCCUUUAAUGGACUUGCAAGUAGCACAGCCAAUUCUGGAUGUAUCAAGAGGCCAGACUUGUGUGGUCACAGGCCUUUCCAGUGCCGCUACUGUCCCUACAGUGCCUCUCAGAAGGGGAACCUGAAGACCCACGUCCUGUGUGUCCAUCGCAUGCCUUUUGACAACAGCCAGUAUCCUGACCGCAGGUUCAAGCGCUCCAGAGUCGACUCAGAGGCUUCUGGGAGUUUUGAAGACCCCACAGCUGUCAAGGCGGGGAGCUCAGCAGAGCUCACAGAGGAAGGGGGCAAGACCCAGGAGGAGCGCAACUGAAUAGACCAACCUGUAUAUUCCAAUAUUAUUUUACACCGUUUAAAUAUUAUGCAUCUGGUACAAGAGUUUGCUUACUGCAUUUCAAAGGGGGGGAAGAAAGAAAAUCGUGUAAACUCUCCCCCACCCCACUAGUGUAUAGAACAUUUAAAAAAAAUUAAAAGAUAUCUAUAUCUCUCUCUAUAUAUAUACAUAUAUAUAUAUUCACAGAAAAUCCCCAGCCCUUGAAAAUGGCUGCUAAACUGUUACCCGGCAACAAGUACUUCCAAACAAUGAAGGUAGGAGAAAAGGGAUUUCAGAAAAGCUUGGAGGCCUCUGAGCUCGGGAAGCCGGGAACUCAAUGUGAAAGUCGUAUUUGUUUAAAAAAAGAAAGAAAGAAAGAAAGAAAGAAAGAAAGAAAGAAAGAAAGAAAGAAAGAAAGAAAGAAAACAAUAAUAAUUAAAAUCAUGCUCUUAACUGAAAAACGAUCCCCAUCAAAAUGAUUUUGCGUUGCCUUGAAGAUGGAGGGGCUGUGUUUUCAUUGUUGAAAACACCUCUAUAAUCUGACACCAGCUGCUGUCAUUUGCCUAACACCCUAAUGAGACUUGCUGGGAUGCAGCCCUGGUGCCAGUCAGACUGGAGCGGUCACUGCAGAGAAAAUCAAUUCACGUGGUGUCAUAACUGCACUCUCAGAGAAACCUUAGACAGCCCACAGCCAGCGCCAGGGCUGACCGGCACUGCAAAGCAUUGCCAUCUUCAAUGUGCAUUAAAAAAAAAAAAAUACACAGCCAAAUGAAUCAAUGGUCAGGAAGUGUCUGCAGACAAAUGUCCAUUGCAGGUUUGAUGAGUAAUUCUUUUCUUUUCUUCCUUUCUUUCUUUCACCAAAUUGCAAUAUAUAGUUUUUCUUCUUACUAGUCUUUUGUUUUCCUUUUCCCCUUCAAUUUUGGAUGUGAAAAUGUUGUUGAUUAUAAAAAAAAUAAUGAGUACAUUAUAUAACAUGUUGCUGAGAGAAAUUAGCCAACCCUAUACAGAGAAGGUGCUGGUGAGAAAAGGAAAUUGAUGUCAUAAUAGAAAGACUUUUUAUUAUGAUUUAAAACAUUUUACUUGAAUGAAGGCUGCUUCGGUCCUUGUUAUCAGAUUUUUUUCCCCAUGUGUUAGUUUUUAUAUGUGUCACAGACAUGAAGCAAGAGUUUCUUCUUCGGCGAGCUCUUAUGAAAUAGCUUGUAUUAAAUAUGAAUCUAAACAUCCUGCUUUCUAUUGCUAAUGAAGAAAACUGUUUGAGUUAAAAUGUCUGUUUUUGUAAAACAAAUGUGUUCUAUAUUUUUGUAGAUUUUAGAUUUUCUACUGAUUGGAUACUCCAAAUUUAUCAAGUUCUGCACCACCCAGAGGGAGCUUCUGAGAGCCAAUAAUGAAACACUUAUCUCAUUUUUUUUUUUUAAAGGCGUAAGAAGACCAGUUAAGGGUUUAUUCUUGAAUCUGCUAGAAUGACAUAAAAGUUCAGCCUUUUAACAUACUUUCUUUGAGUGACACGAAAUUGGUGCUGUUGUUUGUGACGGUAGAAAAGUAUUGAAGUCUUAACUUCUUCUAAAACUAAAUCAUUCAGACUUAAAAAAAAAUAAAAGUCAAUAUUUUCUUGCAGGCUGGGAGCACAGAAUAAAACCCCAGGGCCUUAAAAACUUCAGCUCUGCCUACAGCAGUUUACAAAAAAUACUAAACUGCAAUCAAUGUAAAUAAAAUGUUUAGCGCUAUCCUGAGACCAGAAGGAAUCUCAGGCUAAUAAGGAAUCCGGUUUGCAUAUGCUGUGGAGAGGGUGUCAUCUACCCGAGGUUUCAGUGUAAAUGAGGUCUCUGUGCAACUUGGACCCAUCUGGCAUAGAGCAAGCUGCUUUCUUGUUUUUCUAGAAUAGUUCUCACUGCCUUACUUAAAUCGAGUUGAUAAACUUAAUGCAACUGUUUCUAUGAUCCUAGAGAAAGGACUGAAAUGUUAUUGGAAACUUUCUGACUGUAGUAAGCUUUAGGAUUUUAACUGCACUACUGUGUUUGGUGGCUGUGCCAGUCGCUUGCUUUCUGUGUGUUUGCCCCGCCUUUGGUAUCUUAGCAGAGAAAAAUAUAUUUCAAAAAAAGAAGAAAAAAAAAGUAAAAAGAAAAAAAAAUAGAGGGAAAAAAAAAACGUGGAAAAAAAAAAAGAGAGAGCCACAUUCCAUUUCUAGCACUUUGGGGAGCUCUUUCAGUAUUCUUUUGUGUCUUCUGAGCAUCAUCAGAUGCGACAGGCAAUAAUUCUGUUUGUGACACUGGGAACAUCCCCUCUUCUUUGUGGCGUGUGUGUUGAUUCCAUUUUGUCCAGUGCUACCGUCCUUAUUUCCCCUUCUGACACAGGCCUCCUUUCCAGAACAUUUGUAACUUGUAAUACAAACAAGUGACAGCCACAGUGAUGCAGUGUCAGUUUCUGAAUGUCAUCAGGUUCUCAUAUCUAAACAUGUCAAGUUUUUUCCCUGUAACUUCUGUAGUCUGUGAUGCUGGUCAUAAUACUGUCUACAUUCCUACACAAAGAAAAAAAAAAUCUAUCUUGGAGGAAAUCUGAGAUCAAUAGAGUAGAGGAUUUUGUUGCUAUGCUUGUAACAAGUAGAAAACUUUGUAUUUAAAGUUUAUUCUUGGUCAUUAUUUAUUAUUAUAAUACAUCAGUUGACAGAACUUUAUUCUGGUAUAGAAAGUAUUAAAAGUUGUUUUUUCAGCAAUGACUGUUUUCUUUCUGCUGUUAGAAUAAAAUGUCUUUGAAGCAGUCCAGUUUUAUCCAGUGUUUUAUGCAAUAAAACCUCUACCUCUGGAAAAAAAAAGGUCAUCCUUUCCUCAUCACUUAUGUUUACUAGCAAGAAUGAUUAUUAUUAUUAUUAUUUUAUAUU